AUGAAUAAUGGUUACGGUCUCCCACUCGGUGCCGUGUUCCGCCGACUUGUCAACGGCACGGACCGCAAUGACUGCACCCCCCUGCAUGUGGCCAUAAUACACGCCCAUCCCGCCUGUGUGUCGGCGCUUCUCCGCGCCCACGCCUCCCCCUCCAAGCUAUGUGACGGGGGGACUCCCCUCGCCCUGGCCACAUGCCUGGGACUGAGCGCCUGCGAGGAGCGGGCAGCGGCGGGGAUGGAGAUUGUACGAGCGCUGCUGGCAGCAGGAGCAGAUCCGUACGACAAGUACGUGCGCGCAUGUAUGUGCUUUAGUGAUCAAACUCGCAGGCGGUGUAUGUGUAUACGGGGGGCGGCGGAGGUGCAGCGCUCCAGGGUGGCGGCCAUGAUGGCGGAUGUGGCGGCGCUGGCGGCAGCGGACGAGGGAGGUGGCGGCGGCGGCGGCGGCGCCUCUCUUCCGGGGAUGCUGCUGUCGGGAGUUGAACGGGCUGAGCACGUGUUGGCGGCGGCGGACCACGAUGGCUUCACUCCGCUGCACCUGGCCGCCAAAUUUGGUCACCCGGAAGUGGUGGCACAGCUGCUGACGGCAGCGGAGGAAUCAGCCGCGGCGGCGGCGGCAACCGGGGAAGAGCUGGCGGCGGCGGCGGCAGCGAAAGCCGCCGCCGCCGCCCUGGCCGAAGGCAGCGGCAGCGAAACCGCCGCGGCGGCCGUACUGCCGCCGCUAAGUGCCGCUACGCUGGCGGCGUUGAUACCGGUGGCGGACCCACUGCCGCUGCUUAAGGCCAAGACGAAGCAGGAGGGUCACACUGCGCUCCACCUGGCGGCGAUGUACGGCAGGACUGCGGCGGCGGUAGCGCUGAUGCGUGCGCUGGCGGCUGUGACGGCGUGCGGCGGGGCCCAAGUAAUGGUGGCCGCGCUGACAGCGGCGGAUAAGAAGGGGCGUACGGCAGCGGACUUGGCACGGCGGCGGGGACAUCCAGCCCUGGCGGACCUGCUGACGGAGGCGGCCGCCGCCAAGGCCGUACCGGAUGCGGCGGCGGCCGUGCCAGCGAUGACGACGAUGACGCUAGGCGCCGACGGCGGAGCCGCGGCUGCUGACGGGCGCGGCUGUCGCCGUACACUCCUGCUGGCUCCGGCCGAGUGUUUGCUUCACCGUACGGCACCCGAACCAAUUGAACGGUCGGAUGCGGAGCCGCCGCCGGAGAACGUGAACCGUCUGCAUGUUUUGACACAGCCAGCCACGGGCAUCCUGCACAAUCUGGAGUUCUCCGACUUGGAAUGGCGGACAAGCGGUAUCCCGCAGGCCGCUAUGGUGGAUGUGCUCCGAUGCCACGACUGGUCGUACGUACGGCGAGUUAUUCAGGCGUGUGAGGCCAUAACCGAUGUGCCCAGUUGUGUGGGUUUCCUGGACCAUGACACGGCCAUCAGCCACCACACAAUGCGGGCGGCGCUGGUGGCGGCGGGGGCGGUGUGUACGGCAGUGGAUGAGGUGGUGGCGGGGAAGGCCCGUAACGCAUUUUGUGCGGUUCGUCCCCCCGGCCACCACGCGGGUCCAUGUGGUAUCGUCACAAACCCCAAUGACUCACACGGGUCGCACGGGUUUUGCAUCCUGUCGAAUGUGGCCAUUGGAGGGGCUUAUGCCAUGGCCGUACACAGACACGCUGGAAUACGGCGAGUAGCCAUCGUGGAUUUUGACGUACAUCACGGCAACGGCACCCAGGCCUGCGUCCUCAACACCGUGCCUUCCAUUCGUACAUUAUCGCUCCGUACGCCGUACAGCGACGGCCAGCAGCAUUUCCCUGUCUACAAGCCCUGGUUGGGCGACAACGACGAGCACAACAUCCUCUUCGCCAGCCCGGGUGGCAAACCUCGCAUGUGGCGUCGCGCCUGGCGGGACAAGAUUUUGCCCGCUGUAGUCAACUUUAAGCCGGACAUCAUCUUCGUAUCCGCCGGCUUUGACGCGCACAAAAAGGAGGACCUGAAUCUGCGCUAUGUGGGUGUCACCGAGGCCGACUACGAGUGGCUCACUGGGCAAAUUGUGGAGGUGGCAAAUGUGUGUUGCGACGGGCGGGUGGUUUCGGUGCUGGAGGGGGGCUACAACCUGAGGGGAGGUCCGCUAGGGAGCGCCUUUGCCAGGAGUGUGGCCGCCCACGUGCGCGCCUUGCAAGCCCCAUGUACGGCAAAGUACGACCCAUUGGAUGCGGAGACGGAACGCGCGGCGGAGAAGGCCCUGGAGGCGCGAAAGGCGGCCAAGGCGGCUGCUCUUGCAGCGGGUAUCAUUCCCCCUGCGGGCCUCGUCACGCCUCGUUCCUCCAUUCCCACCCCACGAGCCUUUCCCCCCGUCAUCGCCGCCACCGCUGCCGGCGGCGGUGGUUUAGCACCCAUGGAUACCGACCCCAACAUUGCGGGGCCGCACGCCUCGGCGGCUGCACCGGCCGCCGCCGAUGCCAACGCCAACGCUGAUUCCGCAGCGGGACCGCCGGGUGGUGAGGAGCCGCCGUCGAAGCGGCGGCGGCGUCCCGUGGAUUACGCAGCGCUUAACGCGCAGCUGGAGAAGGAGCAGCAGGAAGCGGCUGCGGCAGCGGAAGCGGGGGGGAAAGCGGAGACCGCCGCUGUUGAUGAGGACGGCGCCGCUGGCGGCGGCAGCGGCAGGUAA